CCCCGCCCCGCCCCGCCAUGGCAGCUCAGGAAGAGGCGGCCGCCCUCCGGGCCAUUUACGGCGCUGACUUCCAACUCCUUUCCCAUUCAGAAUCAGAAGGGAUUACUUUCCAAAUUGGUGAGACCUAUAAACACCAUGCAAGGAAAGUCCAGUUGAAGGUUACUUUUCAGUUGCCCCCUGGCUAUCCGAACUGCCUGCCAGAUAUCUCCAUCAGCUCAGAUCAACUCAGUCGUAAACAGUGCUCUGAUUUGAAAUGGGACUUGCAGCAGUAUGCAGUGACUCUUCUUUCCCAGCCCAUAGUUUAUGAGCUAAUGAUGUGGCUACAACAGAACUUUGAGAACAGCCUGGGCCAACCCACAGCAGGCAAGGCUGAUGAAGGCGACAACCAGCAGAACCAGGGUAAUUCAGGUGAUGGCACAUGGAUGGCUCUUUUGCAUUUAGAUCACAUGAGAGCCAAAGCAAAGUACAUCAGAAGCAUAGAAAAAUGGACUUCUGACCUGAGUCUCACAGGAAGACUGAUGUUCAUGGGCAAACUCAUACUAAUUCUUCUGCAAGGGGAGAGAAAAGAUAUCAAGGAGUAUCUUGUUCUUCAGAAAACCACCAAGGUGGAUGUGGAUUCCAGUGGAAAAAGAUGCAAAGAAAAGAUGAUCAGUGUUCUUUAUGAAGAAAAACUUCAAGCUGAGCAUGUUAGGCUUACAAGCUUUUCCGUGAAAGAAUUUGCAUCAGGAUGUGAGUUACACCAAGAAUUUGAAGAUCUGGGUUUAUCUGACCUCUAUGACAAGUUUGUACAGUUCUAAAGGUUCCUUUAAUCUGGAUGGAAAGAAGAAAGACCAUGGCCACCGACUUAGUGCAGAAAACAAGAAAUUGAGCAAGAUUCUGCUUCAGUCGGUUUAUUACUAAACCGACUGAAGUCAAUAACGUGUGGGCAUAAACUCUAGUGUAAAUCUAUACAAGAAAUAUUAAGAAAUCAUUAAGAAAUCUGUCAACUAGUCUAUUUUCCUUGUCUAUUAAUAAAAUAAAUGGAGUUAAAAUGCUAUUUGUAUAAGCAGAUCUAUAACCUACAUUGAAUUGAUAUUUACAGAAUAAUUUCUUUUAAAGUUGAAUUAUUGAAAAUAGAUAUAACAGUUUCUUGCAGACUAGUUAGUUAUCACAUGUGCACAGCAAACAGCUUGACAAUAUGUGAACAGUUAGAUCAAUGGCAUUAUACCUUCUUUAUCUGUGGUGGUCCAAAAUUAGCAAGGGAAAGCUGACUAUGUUUUGUGAAAAAUGAUUGUAACAAAGUCAGGGUUAGUGCUGGAACUGAGUCUGGGAAAGUAGCACAAAGCAACUAUUUUGUGGCUAUUAACCAGAGGUCAAAGCUUCAAGAUAGUUCAAGGAUGGACAACUGCUCUUUAACUCUACUCCGAGAUUCAUUUACUUGUAGUCAUUUUUUUGUGAUUGCCUGCAAGAAAUUGAAUCUCACAGUAGUACAUGGAGACAUAUACAUACUCUGAUAAUAAAUUUACUUUGAACUUCAAACUUCACUCUGCCUCACUCUCACCAACCUCUUCUUCAGGGUGAAUCUGGUUGACUCUAGUUCUGGGAUAAAAUAGCGUUAAGCAAAGAUAUCCUCUGACAGGAAGGUGUAGGAGUAUAAAUUUGUUUUGUGAGCCAAUGGGCCAUUGAGUGUCAGAGGGUAAAGGUGGGUGGAUAAACCAUGGAAUCAUAUAGACCUCUGGCCCACCAAAUUCAUGCCAAUCCUCAAACGCUCAUUUACACUGGUAUCAUUUUAUAUUCGCCUUACAUUCCCAUCAAUUAUCCGCAGAUUCUACCAUCAACCUACAUGAGAGACGACUUACCAUGGCCAAAUAAUCUACUGAUGCACAGGUCUUUGGGAUGUUGGGGGAGACCAGAGCACUUGGAGCAAACGUGCAAACUCCACACGGACAGUACUUGAAGCAGUUGAUUGAACACGUGCCGAUGGAGUUGUGCCAUCUUAGCCACUUCUCAGAAACAUUUCUCACUUGUCAGUAUUGAUAUAGAUACUUUGGAUGUUGUCUCAAUUGCAUCUUAUGAAGAAUAAAGUAAAGAUAGCAGUAAACAUAUUUAUUAAACUGUGAGUUCUAUUUCUCA